UGGUUUUUUCUUCGGUGGAAGCAAAUCCUAAUCCACCUGACUACUUUCCUAGUGCGGGUUGUCUCGCCUCACUGGUCAGUCUGGUCUAACUGGUCUAGUUCUUCGGCCGCUUAUAUUAAAACCCUGAAGCCAUCGCUUUCUUUUUUAACUUUCGGCCGUGACCCUACCACCGGGCGCUUUGACUAUCUGACCAAAACCUUCCGUCGUCAACCUCAUCGUCAGCAUCACCUUCGUAAUCAAUUCACAUCUACGACACGAGACGGUCGGUUACCCGGACUUUGCAGACAAUAUGGCGGACACCAAGAACGAGAAGAAUGAGAAGUUGUUCGGCUCAGACCUUCCUUCGGAGCAAGAGUCUAGCAACGAAGUAGUCGGCCAAGUCAGCGAUAUUUCGGGAUUCGAGCAGCAAAAGGCGGCACUUGGUAACGCUCAUUUCAACAGGUUAGGAUGGAAACGUCUAACGGUUGUGCUCAUCGUCGAGGCCAUCGCCCUCGGUAGUUUGAGCAUGCCGGCUGCAUUCGCUACUCUAGGUAUGGUUGCCGGAACCAUCCUCAGUAUCGGUUUGGGCCUUGUCGCUAUUUACACCAGCUAUGUCGUCGGCCAGGUUAAGCUGAAGUUCCCGGAGGUGCAGCAUUAUGCGGACGCGGGUCGUUUGAUUAUGGGCAAAUUCGGAUAUGAAUUGGUCGGCGCUAUGUUUGCGUUACAAUUGACUUUCCUUGUUGGAUCCCAUUGUCUUACGGGAACUAUCGCCUUCCUGAACAUUACCAACAACGGCGCUUGUUCGUUGGUUUUCGGUGUUGUAUCGGCCAUAAUCCUCUUACUUCUCGCCAUCCCACCAUCUUUCGCCGAGGUCGCUAUUCUAGGUUACAUCGACUUCGUGUCCAUUAUGGCCGCGAUUUUCAUCACCAUCAUCGCCACCGGUAUUCAGCGAUCUGAAAUAGGUGUUGCCUCUGAUUGGUCUGCCUGGCCGCAGGAUGACCUUUCCUUUACUAAGGCUUUCAUCGCCAUCACCAACAUCGUUUUCGCUUACAGUUUCGCCAUCUGCCAGUUCUCCUUCAUGGAUGAAAUGCACACUCCGAAGCACUUCGUUAAAUCCAUCUGGGCUCUCGGCUUAAUCGAAAUCGUGAUAUAUACCCUAACUGGAGCGCUGAUCUACGUCUUCGUCGGCAGCGGUGUCAAGUCUCCGUCUUUGCUAUCCGCCGGUUCUCUUGUCUCCAAGGUCGCUUUUGGCAUUGCCCUACCUGUUAUUUUCAUCUCUGGAUCUAUUAACGGCACGGUUGUGGCGCGGUACAUUCAUGGUCGCAUCUACAAGAACUCGGUUACUCGUUUCAUCAACACCACGAAGGGCUGGGUUACCUGGUUAGCACUUAUCACAUUCAUUACGCUAAUCGCUUGGGUCAUUGCCGAGGCCAUUCCAUUCUUCUCCGACCUCCUCGCCAUCUCCUCGGCUCUGUUCAUCUCUGGAUUCACUUUCUACUUCCCGGCUCUCUUCUGGUUCAUGCUCAUCCGGCAAGGAAAGUGGUACGCUAGGGAGAACAUCGUGAAGAGCAUCACCAACGGCGUAGUGUUCAUCAUCGGAAUGAUUGUGUUGGUCGGCGGUACAUAUGCCAGUAUUGUUGAUAUCAUUGACCAAUACAGAGAGGGUACAGUUCGAGGUGCAUUCACUUGUGCUCCAUUUGAGUAAACGUACAGGAAUGUAUGGAAAAGGGGGAAGACGGCCUCUUCAACAAUCCCUCGAGGAAUAAACGACCACGUCUCUACCACGACGUAAUGGCUCUUUGAUGACAUUAUGAUACAUUUUUUUCGUCGUAGUAUCUCAUACGAGCAUGAGUAACUAUGGCAUAACGUUUGCUAGAGCGCUGGAUAGUACCUCAUGUAUAGAAUCUGAUUCACGGCCUUGCAAAGGAGUUAGGUGCAUUCUCUAGGACUAUAUACCUUUGUACAUUAUUGUUUAGUACUAUUUUACCACCUACGACGGUAUAUCGCAUGAUGAAUAGCAGUCUGAUCGAAGAUCAUUCUUACGGCUAUCACAUUCCGAACUCUUCGUCAUUUGUUCUUUACCCUCGGCAUACUUUUCCCGUAAACUGAUCGAUUUACUGAUCGAUUUCACCCACAACCGUUUUGCAACUUACCAAGAGGCUUAAAUUCAGCGUCCUGCGU